AUGACCAAACUUGUCAUUGCACAACCAAUUCUGCCGUCAAGUGCCAAGUGGCACAGCUUCAAAGUAAAGAGGAUGACAUUGGGUGUGGUAUUGAUAUUAGCCACAUGCGGAACAUUGGUUCAUGGCGUCGUUCCUUGUAUGGAAGCAUUUGAUAAGGCCGACGCCAACGCGGACCACAAACUCGACAGAGAUGAAUAUGUAAAUUUUCUUGCUACGCUGCAGGGAGACCCCUUUAGCAAUGAUCGAUUCGAAGACUUGCUACACUCCCUCCAGGAAAACUACGAUCAGUAUUUACUGGUUUUGUCAAACAUACAAGGUUUGCAUCUGAAGCAAGAUGGCCAAUCCGUUCCUUCUGGAUUGAACGACGUGGUAGAGGAGUUCUGCUUGAAGAUCAUGCUUUCAAAUGGCAUUCAAGCAGCAAGAAACCAAGCACGAUCAUUUAGACCAACAACCGCUCAAGAGCCUAAAACCUUAGCUUUCUUGGAUACCUCCCUUACUAGUGCAAGCGAAAGGCAGCUCGGGGAUGCUAGGCGCAUGUUGGAGGAAGCAUCCGAUACUCCUAGAAGAACAUUGCGCAACCAGGAGAACAUCUUCGGCCCAGCGAUGCGGAAAUAUACAGCAGUUGGUGCUCGGUCGGAACAAGCUAUUUUAAGGCAAGAUGAUGUUGUCGACCCCAAGAAAAACGCAGGAAUACCUCGAAUACCACCCAGCAUCUCAAAUGGUCCACCUGUGGCUACCGGUACUGCAGCUGUGUCGCGUUCCAACAGCCAAUCUACUGGGAUCUCUUUACAGAGUUCCAGCAGCCCAUCCCACGGCCCUUCCAAUCAACCAUCUGAAAUGCUUUCUAUCAUCAAGCCUUCAAAUGUUCCCUCUGCUCAAAUCAUUUCUCCAUCUUGCAGUCCCUCGCAUUCAAACAGCCCAAGUAGUGCACAUGACGAUAUAUCUGGCGGCCACCCACAAAUUCCGCUGAACAGGCAAGGAGAAAGUUCUCUUCCAUCAUCUAGUUCAAGACCAAGUGAUUAUUUGAGUCCACUCAGCAGCAAUAAUCCAACUCAAAGCGGUGUGCCAAGCUCUAGCCUGUAUCCAAGUCAAAGUCCAACCAAGAGUCAAGAACCAAGUGAUCAUGAUUCAUUGCUUUUGAGAAUCCAAGGCUCCACAGCAAAGCCAUCUGAUCGCAAGAACUCAAUAGCUCCAUCCUCUAAUCCCAGUGCCAGCUACUAUCCCACUCCAACAUUGAAUCAAAGUGUUCUUCCUAGUCCAACUCAGUCCACUACCAACAAAUUUUCAAUCAGCCAAAAACCAUCAUCAAGAAAUGUCUAUCCCACCACUUCCAUCAUCCCAAGCUUGGGGCCCAGCUCAAGUCCUUCCAAGGGCAUGACCCCUCCAAGCCUUGGUCCUUCUUUGAUACCAAGUCAAGUCAAAGACCUUGUGCCAAGUGUUGGCUCUUUGUCUGGUUCAAAGGGAACUGCUCCCAGCAUCAGAAUGAAUGUAAUGCCUGUGCAGUAUCCUGCCACAAGCCAGAUGCCAAGUCUAUGGGAACAAGAGCUUCCUUUGCCCAGUUACAGUCCAUCCCAGGACCCUAGCCACAUAUCUGUUAACAGAGCUGCCUCAAACAGACCAAGCCAGUCCUUCUAUCCCACUGCUGGCUCCUCCACAACUGAGAGUGUCUAUCCCACCACUUCCAUCAUCCCAAGCUUGGGGCCCAGCUCAAGUCCUUCCAAGAGCAUGACCCCUCCAAGCCUUGGUCCUUCUUUGAUGCCAAGUCAAGUCAAAGACCUUGUGCCAAGUGUUGGCUCUUUGUCUGGUUCAAAGGGAACUGCUCCCAGCAUCAGAAUGAAUGUAAUGCCUGUGCAGUAUCCUACCACAAGUCAGAUGCCAAGUCUACGGGAACAAGAGUUUCCUUUGCCCAGUUACAGUCCAUCCCAGGGCCCUAGCCACAUAUCUGUUAACAGAGCUGCCUCAAACAGACCAAGCCAGUCCUUCUAUCCCACUGCUGGCUCCUCCACAACUGAGAGUGUCUAUCCCACCACUUCCAUCAUCCCAAGCUUGGGGCCCAGCUCAAGUCCUUCCAAGAGCAUGACCCCUCCAAGCCUUGGUCCUUCUUUGAUGCCAAGUCAAGUCAAAGACCUUGUGCCAAGUGUUGCUCUUUGUCUGGUUCAAAGGGAACUGCUCCCAGCAUCAGAAUGA